AUGAUCACACUAAGCUUUGAAUCAUCAACAGCGGUCAAUAGCGGAAAGCGCCCUUUUAGGGUGGAAUUUCACAGUGUCACCUGCACUAAAUUUACAACUUUGUUUAAGCAUUUCAUAUGUGAGGUACGGAAAGUGGAAGACGGCGAAUAUGUUUUCAACACUAUGUUCGAAUUCAGUGCACAGUUACCGUCGGAUACAGAAGUGGAGGUGUUGAUUAACAUCAAAACUCCAAAGGCGAGAUCUGUAAUGAAAUUUCUCGACAUAAAGCUAAAUAUUUGCGAUGUGUUGACCCAUGUCCAUUCUGUGCCAAUUAUCAUGAAAAUCGUCAACUCAAUUAUUAGGGGUAGUAAUUUGCCGGUCUCCUGCCCCAUUGAAGGGAAUAAAAUGUACAACGUGACUGAGUUGAAACUAAGCGAAGACAUAUUUCCCGUCUAUACACCGGUUAUGGAUUUCAAUUGUACUGGAAACUAUUAUGCGCAUAAGAAAUUAAUCGGUAGCUAUCAUCUCCAGGGUAUAACUGCUCGUAGAAGUAAACGCAACAAAUAA